CCAAAAUGGAAGCCCCCAUAAACACAGGAGACGGAUUCUAAUUCUAGUAAACACGAUGUCGUAAUCGUUCCUAUUAUCUUAACAGGUUUAGAAGAUGAUAGCGCCAGGCAGCAUGAAGAAAGAAGCAGUGCACCAGAAUUGAUAUAAUGAGUUUCUUAGACAAGAAAAUGAAUGCACCUAAGCAGCGGACACUGUUCGAAGUGUGGGGACAAGAUAAAAUAAAUCCCACCACUGCAGGAGGGCUUGGAGAGGCAUUAGAUGAUGAUGAAGAUGACCUUAUCUAUGCGGAAGCUAUGGACCAAACCAUGAAUCAAUUGGCCUCAACUUCAGUGCUGCAGGGCGUUGACGCGAGCGACACGCCAGGGUUUGACGUCAGCGCAGGCGGCACGUGGAUCUAUCCGACAAACUACUCGAUGCGAGACUACCAGUUUACGAUCGUGCAGGCCGCGCUGUUCAACAACACGCUCGUAGUGCUACCGACGGGGUUGGGCAAGACCUUCAUUGCUGCCGUCAUCAUGUACAACUAUUACCGAUGGUAUCCGCAAGGUAAAAUUGUGUUCAUGGCGCCGACUAGACCACUUGUUGCUCAACAGAGAAAGGCAUGCUAUGAUGUGAUGGGAAUACCACAAUCAGAUACCAUAGAGAUGACAGGCACGAUGGCAAGUAAGGAGGGCACCAACAGGUUUUGCCAUCACUUCUGCCUGUGGCAAUUGUCGUGCCCUGUUGUCAGAGAACUACAUAUCUAUAAUAAGCAAUUCAGAAUGCUAGCACUCAGUGCAACACCUGGUGGUGACCUAAAGGUGGUGCAGCAGGUGCUCACGAACCUGCUCGUCUCGCACGUGGAGCUGCGCAGCGAUGACUCGCCCGACAUCACGCCGUACACGCACGAGCGUCUCGUCGAGAAACACGUCGUCUCGCUCGGACCCGAGCUCACCGCGCUGCGAGACAAGUACCUGCAGGUGGUGGGCGUGGUCGUCAGGAGACUCAGCAAUAAUUACGUGCUGCGCUGUAACAACCUGCUCAGCCUCUCCAAGUUCCAGCUGCUUCGCGCACGUGAGGAGUUUCGGCAGAACCCGCCGUCGUCGUUGCCGAGGGGCCAGUAUGGCACGGUGGAGGGCGAUUUUGCGAUGUGCACGAGUCUUUAUCACGGCCUAGAAUUGCUCGUGCUCCACGGAAUCAAGUCUUUCCACAAUUUUCUGCAAGGAAUAUUAGAAGGCGUCAAGAGCAACCCGAGAACACGUGCUGAGCUGAUGCGUAAUCAGGCCUUCAUUGAGAUCAUGGAGCACGUGCAAGCCAAGUACAGCGUGUCGUCGUCACAGGUAGACAACAAUCGUGCAUCACAAGCCACUCGCGCAGGUGCUUCCCUCGCCGGGACGCUAGCGUCACCACGCAUCUACAGCCAUCCGAAAAUAGAGAAGCUGGAGAAGAUUGUAGUCGACCACUUCCGUCAGAACCAGUCAGCGAACACGAGGGUGAUGAUCUUCUCUCAGUAUCGUGACAGCGUGGCGGAGAUCGCGGCCGUGCUGCGUCGACACGCACCCACCGUGCGCGUGAUGAGCUUCGUCGGUCAGUCCACCGCCAGCAAGUCCACGAAGGGUGUCACCCAGAAGGAACAGAUGAAGGUGGUGAGAGAGUUCCGCGAGGGCGGCUACAACACGAUCGUCGCGACCUGCGUCGGGGAAGAAGGCCUGGACAUAGGCGAUGUCGACCUCAUCGUCUGCUACGACGCUCACAAGAGUCCCACCAGGCUGGUGCAGCGUAUGGGUCGAACAGGAAGGAAACGCCAAGGGAAGAUAGUCAUGCUGGUCACCGAGGGCAAGGAGGAGCAGACGUAUAACACGAGCCAGCAGAGCAAGCGCAGCGUUCACCGCGCUCUGCUGGCCGGCUGCCGCGGCAAGCGUCUCAUGCUCGCUGCCAAUCCCCGCAUGCUGCCGCGCGGUCUCACGCCCGCCGUGCACAAGAUGCACAUGACCGUGGCGAUUGCACCGCAGGAGGAGGAGGAUGAGAAGCAGCAGAGGAAGGGGAGGAGGAGGAGAGGUGGCGAUGGGUCGAGGCAGGAAGGUCGCGCCGGCAGCGCGAAUGUGUUGGGGCUGUUUGCUAAAAAGGCUAAGCAAGAAGGAGAGUUUCUCACGGAAGAAGAGUUGGCAUAUUGGGGUGAAAACUUCCAGGUUCCAGACAGCGAUGUUGCUGUCUUGCCUCGGCGCCCAAGAUGGAUAUCCCUGAAGUCAUACAGUGAGAAUGAGAUGGAUCGGGAUGUAUCGGUGGCAGGAAAACAGCAAAAGCUGUCUCUUACUGAGUGGAUACCGUGGCAGAAUCAACUGCAGAAGACAGGGUCGGUGGGGCAUUCGAGAACAACAAGAGACUACGUUAACCUCAACACGUUCAUGGAGGUGCAGGCACAGCUGGGGAGGAUGAGUGCAGGCACGAGCUGGGGGAGGAUGAGGACGUGUACGGGGAGGAGAUGGCUGCCUAACAUCAACACUGCUGACGUGCUGCAGCCAGGAGAGAGGAACCUUGCCGGCGCCGGCGGAGAAGGGAAUUCUUCACAGGUACUCGCACGGUCAUUCCGGAGACACCAUCGCGUGACGACCGGACCGGUUGCGAAGGUCGAACGGGCAGGAGCGAAGAAACGGCGGCGGAUUAAAACUGCCGUGCUCUCUGCCGACGAAUUCAAGAGGACGCGGCGUUGA